AGUGUCAUACAAAGACAUGAGAACCCUGGAGUCAAGAAAAACGUUACAAAGUAAAAGGAGAUGAUCUACAAUUCCGCAAAAAUUAGAUUGCUUUCUUUAGUUUUGAUCCUGAUGGCGAGGCGCUGUUGCUGCGUCUCCACCAAUCAGGGGAAGGAAAGACCAUUGCAGAACACGCAGCAGGCUUUACCGACAGUCACCUGCUCAGUCCGUGGCAUUAAAGCGAUGUUCGGCCCGAUGGUCAAAAAUAAUCUUCAUGUAAGAGACGUGUCAGGUACUACAAUCCCUUUACUUAAUUCUAAGGGGUCCUGUGGAGUGAGGGUGGGUAAAGACAAGAAUCAGAACCUCGCGUUUUUCAGUAGAUUUGACAGCUGUUAUGCAAGGAUAGAGGGCAACAAAGUGGUCAUCCCUCUGCUGGUCCAGUUGACAGGAGAGAACCGGUGGAUCAGAGUAAACAUCAGUUGUCCUCUGAUAAAAAGAAGGAGUGAAAUGGCCCAACCAACAUCUUCCGUUGGUGAUUGUGAAGCUGAUAAAUUCCUGCGUUUAGACUGUGGCCACCAAAGCAUCACCAGAAGCGCCUGCCAAAAACUGGGCUGCUGCUACGAUGCUCACACAUCAGCCUGCUACUACAGACUUAACGCCUGCUCUCUGGAUGGACACUUUGUGUUCACAGUCAAGGCUACAGACACCCACCCGCCCAUUGAUCCCAGCAACCUUGUAGUCAAGGAUCAGCCUCACUGUUUGCCUGUAGUCUCAACUCCAGAUACUGCCGUCUUCAAGAUGGGAGUCAUGGAGUGUGGCGCAAAAAUGAAGAAAGAUGGAGAGCUGGUGAUCUAUGAGGUUGAGGUGGAGGAGCUGAACACUAAAAGGGAAAGACAUGCUUCAUUUAAUCUUCACGUUGCUUGUGAAUAUAAAGAACUGGAUCUCAAGCGUGCAAAAGACUUGAGGUCCCUGUAUACGGUGACCAAUCCACCCGCUGCAGUUGCUCAGGGAACCAUCAGGGUGCAGAUGAGAUUAGCAACAGAUGCUUCCUUUACUACCUUUUUUCCUGAGGACCAGCUUCCCCUGAAACUGCCACUGCGCGAAACAGUGAAUGUGGAGAUUUCCAUCGUUCCUCCAUCCCCUGAUCCUACACUCUCGCUGCAUGUGCGAGACUGCUUCGCCUACCCUGUGUCUAAGCACUCUGUGUGGACCCUCCUCCAUGAUGGAUGUCCUAACCCUCUAGAUAAUAUGAGAAGCUCUGUCCCUGUGGACAACCAGGGGGAGACCACCACUCACUCUCAAGUUAGGAGGUUUGAUGUGAAGACUUUUGCCUUCUUGGACCCUGAUACUGGCAAACCAAGUGUGGAAAAGAUGUACUUCUUCUGUUGGGUGGAAAUCUGCACAGAAGACAUCGACUGUACCCAACGUUGCACCAUCAUCUCAUCAGAUGCUGAGGGACGAAGAAGACGGGCCACACCUACAUCCCAUCAUGUCCAGCUCAUCUCCUUAGGGCCACUUCAGCUGCUCCAGAAAACACUGAACUGGGUUACAUUACAGCGUUACAGCAUAAAAAACUGAGGAAGGUGUUCAGAGUGAUGUAGGCUCUCUCUGGCGUGGCGCUGCUGCUAAUUCUGCUGUUUAAUCUUUGGUAAAGCAUCCAAAGAUGUAAGAGGACAGAUAAAGCUGACACAAAAGAUCACUUUAAAUGAGCUCAAUAAAUUACUUUUUGUUUGCUGAAA